AUGGCAUUGGCAUUCCCACCACAUGCUAUUCAGGCAAUACUUGAUAUAGGUGAUAAACUAAAGUCAUCAUCAUCAUUGUCGCAUGAUAAAAUAAGUGACGAUGAUGAUAUUGAUAUAACACAUGAACUUUAUCCACAAAAGAGAAUAGUAAAGAUUGCUGAUGAAUAUACACCUCCAUUAUGGGGAUUAGAGAAUAGCUUUACACCACUUCGAAAUACAAAUGCACAUCAAUUUAAAACUCUUUUAGAACAACCUGUUAUCAAUAUCGAUAAGUUGAGAGCUCUAGGUUGGACUGGUGUACCACCAGAAUAUAGACCAUUGGUUUGGAAAUUAUUAUUAAACUAUUUACCAUUGGAAAAAAGAUUACAUAACAAAAGAUUACAUGAUAAAAGAAACCAAUAUUUACAAUUGGUAAACAAAUUUUACCUUGCAGAAAUGUCAACAGAAGAUAAGGCAUUGUUGAAUCAAGUUCGAUUGGAUGUACCAAGAACCAUUCCAAGAGGAUUUGGUCAAACUCCUCUAUUCAAGAGUACUAUAUUACACAAAGUUUUGGAAAGAAUUUUAUUUGUUUGGUCACAAUCGAAUCCUCUCAUCUCUUACUUUCAAGGUCUAAAUGAUAUUCCAUCUAUCUUUUUAUUGGUAUUUCUAUCUCAAUACAUUGAUCCAAGAGGUUCAAUUAAUGAAUUAACAAAUGAUAUAUUGGAUAAAAUUGAAGCUGAUACAUUUUGGUGUUUAUCACUUUUAAUGAAUAAUUUAAAGAAAAGAUUUAUUAAUUUUCAUGAAGGAUUAGAAAGAAUGGCAAUGAAAUUACAAAAAUUGGUAAAGUUGAAAGAACCAGGACUAACAAAUCAUUUGCAAGUUGAAGGAUGUGAUUUUAUCCUCUUUUCAUUGAGAUGGAUGAUCUGUCUAUUAUCAAGAGAAUUUGAAUAUAGUCUAUGUACAAGACUAUGGGAUAGUUAUAUCUCUCAUGGACCAAAUUUUGGUUAUUUCCACAUCUAUGUGUGUGCUGCACUCAUUACAACAAAGGAAUGGGUUCCUUCUCUAGUCAAAAAGGAAUUCUCUGACCUAAUAAUCUUUUUACAAAGACUGCCAACCGAUAAUUGGACCAUACAUCAUAUCGAUUAUCUAUUGGUAGGUGCAUAUCAAAUAUUCCUUUUAGAAAUUCAAUCUGCUGUAAAAGAAUCUGCUUCAAAAUUAUUUUCAAUUCAACCAAGAGAUUAUCAACAACAACAACAACAACAACAACAACAACAACAACAACAACAACAACAACAAAUUCAAACUUGUACAACUCCAACAUAUGGAAAUAGUGAUCAAAAUAAUAGUAGUAAUAGUCCAUUUAUAUUGGAAAAUCAAUUAAAGAAUAUUUAUCAACAAUUUUUACAUCAACAACAAAAUCAAUCACCAAACCCUCAACAACAACCAUUAUCUCUUUCAUCCUUGUUAAUUAAUAAUAAUAAUCAAAAUAAUCAUAUUCAAAACCAAAUUGUAAAUAGAUUUAAUAAUAGUCACCAUUUUAAUAAUAAUAGUAAUAAUAGUACACCAGAAUUUAGUAGAUUUAAUAUUAAUAAUAAUAAUAUUAAUAAUAAUAAUCAAUCAGAACAACAACAACCAGAACAAGAUGUAAAUAAUAAUAGUAAUAAUAAUAAUCAAAAUAAUCAUAUAAUGUUUCCACCAUUUUUAUCAAUUGAUGAUCAAUUAAAGAACAAGUUAUUAGAGUUUUUACCUAGAUCUGGUUUUGAUUUCUCACAAAUCACAGCAGAGACUGCAGAUGAAGAAUUGGUCAAACAAGUAACCUUUCAUCUUUUAGUUAUAGUUGGAGCUUUAUUAUUUGUUGGUAUCAUUCUUUUGGUAAUCAUCAUUUGUACUUGUCUCACAAUCAUUUCUUUGGAAUAUUAUAAUAGUAAUUAA